AUGGACCCCGCCACCACCUCCAGGAGCAACCACUGCCUGGACGCGGCCAAAGCCUGCAACCUCAACGACAACUGCAAGCGCCUGCGCUCGGGCUACAUCUCCACCUGCAGCCGGGAGCUGUCGGCCACCGAGCCCUGCAGCCGCCGCAAGUGCCACAAAGCCCUGCGCCAGUUUUUUGACCGCGUUCCCAGCGAGUUCACCUUCCGCCUGCUCUGCAGCGGGAACAUGGAAGAGGAAUGCGAGAAAUUCCUGCAGGAUUUCACCGAAAAUCCGUGUCUCCGAAACGCCAUCCAAGCUUUUGGGAAUGGGACCGACGUGAAUUUGUCUCCUAAAAACCCCAAUCCCGGCGUGACGGCGCUGGCGAAGACGGAGAAGAGCCCGGUGCUGYCGGAUGAUGGCAACGACAGCAACACCGCGUACGACACGAGCGUCAUCAGCACCUGCUCCUCCCUCCAG